ACUCACACACACUACUGAUACAGCUCUAUAAGUUGCUGUGUCUUCAACUUGUAUGUGUAUAUGUGAUUCUUUGGAAAGAGUUUGGUACUAUCUUUUACCCGUAUCUGGCUUUCGCGCGUAUAUGAAACUGGAGAUACACGAGAUUGAAUCAUUUGAUAAGAUUCUACUAGAUUGGUGUUUUCAAUUUUCUUAUUUACCUCCUAAUUUCAAGUGGGGCUUCCAAGAACAUGGUGGUUGAGUAAACCGUCGUUGUAUUAGGUUUAUUUGUUCCUUUCGUAUUAAUCUCUUUUAACAAAACACACAGAUAAGAACAAGAACUCUCCCUCUUUAGGUCAAGGGGAAAUGACGGGAGACAAGCUCGUUUUGAGGGGUCUUCAGUUCCACGGGUUCCACGGUGUGAAGGUAGAAGAGAGGAAGUUGGGCCAAAAAUUUCUGGUCGACGUGGAUGCCUGGAUGGAUCUUCAACCAGCCGGUGUUUCCGACACCCUCUCGGAUACCAUCAGCUAUACUGCUAUAUAUCGCAUAGUUAAAGAAGUAUUGGAAGGAUCCCCUCACAAUCUUCUCGAAUCAGUAACUGAAUCGAUUGCGUCCAAGAUCUUGAACGAUCAUCCCCGGAUUUCUGCUGUGCGUAUCGUGCUGGGAAAGCCGCACGUGGCUGUGGUCGGCCCCGUCGACUAUUUGGGCGUCGAGAUUAUCAGGCGCCGAAACAGCGCUGUGAAGAACUAGAGUCCUUGCCAAUUUGCCAUUGCUACUGUCAAUUGGAAUCUGUAAACCUUUGUUAUGUAUUUCGAUUUUGUUUGCUGCAUUUUCCUUUCUAAAUUUGAUGUUUUAGCAAUCACAAUAUUGCUAUGCAAAAGACACUGUUUUCAUUUAUCAAAUAUAUCAAAUUUUAAAUUCUUGAA